AGCCGUGGAGAUGGUAUACCCUUGUUUAUCUCAACAUCUGCCGACGAAGGGGGGAUGAGAGAGAGUUGGAGUUGCCCUCGCGCCUCCGUGGCGUGUGGCUAUCAUCAAGAAACAAGGCAUUAUUACCGGUCGAACAUAGGGAUCAGACAUCUAGGCUAACUUGUUAAUACCCACCUUCCUCCUCCUUUCGUCGCGCUUGAAGACAAAAAUUCUGCUCCCUCCCUCUCUUCCUGUUACGUUAUACUCUCCCUGGACUAUUAUCCCGUUAUGGCACGUAAGCUGGCGGGAAUUCUCGGAAACCAGGGUCCGUCGCACCUGGUCCGAAGCCACGCGCACGAGGAAGACGUGCCCGGGACCGUCAAUGUCCGCGCUGUUGAGGGCGACGACGCCUACCACGGCCAAGCACUGUUCCCCGUUCCGGCUGAAGACCCCAACGACCCCUUGCAAUGGCCUAAAGUGAAGAAGAUCACCAUUCUGCUGGUCAUCUGCGCCUACUCUUUCCUCGGUAAUGCGGCGUUGUUGGGGCCGGGCCCGUACCUGACGCUCUGGGCGUCGACGUUCGGUAUCUCGACUAGCGAGGCGUCGACCCUCAUAUCGUACCCAAACCUCGCGUACGGCCUCGGCUCCUUCUUCCUGGUGCCGCUGUACCUCAAGAUCGGGCGGCGGCCCGUCAUGCUGGGCUCCCUGCUAGCUUUCAUCGCGGGCCUCGCCGGCUGCGCCCAGGCCAACGAUUUCGGCGGGCUCAUGGCCGCGCGCAUCGUGCACUGCUUCGGCGCGGGCAUAUGCGAGGCAUUACCCGUGCAGCUCGUCAACGACAUAUUCUUCCUGCACGAGCGCGGGAAGCACAUCGGCUACUACACCUUCGGUCUGUGCUUUGCAGCGAUGGCUACGAUCCCGGCGGCCUACAUGCUGCCGACGCGGUACUCGUGGCGGCUCUUCUUCUACGUCAUGCUCGCCUUCGCCUGCGCGCUGUUCGUCCUCGCGUUCCUGUUCGUCGAGGAGACGUCGUACGACCGGCCGGCGCACGCGGCGCGGCCGCAGGGCACUCCCGAGCGCUCCGACGGCGAGGCCGCGGGCAACGCGCCCGACAAGCCUAGCGAGGCGGCCGUCGAGCUGGCGCCGGAUACGCCGCCGCGAAAGCGGUUCCUGGCCACGCUGAGCCCGUGGGGCCGCGUCGACCCGGACGUCCACGCGUUCACGCUGAUGUGGCGGUCCUUCACGUACUUCCUCGUCCCCCAGGUGGUCUGGGUGAUCACGUCGUUUGGGACCAUCAUCGGCCUUGGCGCUCUGGCCUUUAACUACGUGUUUCCCAUCAAGAUCACGGCGCCCCCCUAUAACUGGCCGUCGUCAAGCUCUGGUGUGCAGUCGCUCGGAUCGCUCCUCGGGUUCCUCCUCGCGCUCCCGUUCACGUCGUCGUCGGACCGGCUCGCGGGGUACCUGACGAGACGUAACGAUGGCAUCCGCGAGGCCGAGAUGAGGCUGGGUGUGAUGCUGCCGGCUAUGGUUAUAGGCCCCGUCGGGCUGCUCGUGUACGGCCUCACUGCCGAAUUGGACUUGCACUGGAUAGGGUACUUCUUCGGGUCCGGCUUGGUGUCUUUCGGCGGAUACUUCUACUACUGCUUCACGCUCGUAUACGCCGUCGACUCGUACAACAGCAACACAUCUGAGAUGCUCAUCGCAAUCAACAUCGGCAAGCAGGCAGUGAGCUUCGGGCUCGGCUACGGCGUGCUUGACUGGGUGAUGGAGAGCGGCUACGCUGCCGUUAUUUCUGGAGCGUUCGGCGGAGUGUUGCUGGUGAAUAACAUGAUGCUUAUCGUAUUUAUGUUGAGGGGCAAGCGUAUUCGGCAGUUUAUGGCGACAUCCUGGUUAGCGAAGCUGCAUGGUAGAAGGGGCGCGAGCAGCACAGGAGUCUUAUAAAAAGUAGGCAUAUGUACGGCACAGUCAUCCCAGUCAUCCCAGUGUUGAAGAGUCUGUUGGUCUCUGUCUAAUCUGUAC